AUGGAGGCGGCCACGACGCUCAUGGCGACCGGGUCUGCCGGUUCCUCCACCAACUCGCCGCACGUUCCGGCGUCUUCUCCGCCCGUCAACAACCAUGCCGCUUCUGGUAGGAGUGGCGGUGGUGAUCGCCGCAAGAAGCGCAAGUCCCAUGAUGGGAGCAACCGUACUGGCAGCAACAACAACUACACUGGUGCCUCUCCCAAUACUCGUCCCCCUGCUGGGCCGUCGUCCACGCCGUGGGCGUCGGCGUACAAUCCCUGGAGCGUUGUUCAAGCAUGGCCGCUGCAGCAGUGGCGUCCCUUGCACACUGAUGUCCUUGGUGCUCGCCCUGGCGUCUCUCCACCACAGGCCAUGACAGCCGUUCAAGCACCGCAAGACCCCGUCGACACCAACAUCUUCUCAUCCAUUGCGCCGACUGCCCCUCCUGCGCUGUUCAACGCCAUCCAUGGCGCACCUGCUCAGGCUCCUUAUGUUGGGGGUGCAGGAAAUUGGUUCUUCGACACGGGAACCUCGUCUCACAUGGUCUCCAAUCCGGGUAUCACUGAUUCUAUCUCUUCCUAUGCUUCCUCCUCUCAUAUUAUUGUAGGCAACGGUGUUCCUCUUCCAGUUCAUUGCACUGGUCACUCUUAG